GUAAACACCUUAACACACAGUUUGGCUACAGAAUACAAUUUUGUACUGUACAUUAAUUAUGUAAUGCGAAUGUAAAAAUAAACUCCAGCAAAAAAUGUGAAUCCAUAAUAAUCGAUAUGCACCAACACGUGCAAGUUUGCUGAACGAAACAGUAAACACUACUGAAUGUUGGUGGUACUGCGUCAAAUACAGCUAUGUCUAUCUACAAUUCCGGAACGUUCACAAGAUCUAGUGGACUUAUCAGCGCGAUUUCGAAACAGUUACGCUCUGUGACUCUGAAACCUGUUAAAAAGAUUUCAGUCAAAUUUGAUCCGUUCCAAGAAAAUGUCACAGAAACGAGAAACUUCCUGUUCCACAUUUCUUCCCCUAAGAUAUUGUCGUCAAAUACUAGUUGCGCCAUCAAGACAGACAUUCUUUGUGACCGAAGCGAACCCAUCAUAAGCUUCUUUCUUGUUAAUGGUGAAUCAGUGAUUUUCAAAAGCAAGAACCUGACUGCCUUGGAACUGUUGCAAUUGUACAACAAGCACAUAACACCCCUUGCACCAGCUGAACAGCCUGCCUCAACUGUAAAGACUAAAUCUGAGAGAAAGGCUGCAGGGAGACGAUAAUAGAAGAAAAUUUUCAAAAUCAUGGCUAGGCACCGAGAUCAGUAUAGUUUGCGACUUAUUGACACACUAUACAAUCAGGUCCCAGCAUUUACAGACAUAUUUGAUGAAGAGACUUGGUAUAUAUUUUGUGCAUGUUUUGUUGCAGGCACUAUUCUAGUUGCCUUCAUACUAUCCCGAUUUAUAACAAUAAAACCUGUGGAAUAGUGUCACCUGUGUGUGCAUUUAAAUAUGUAUAAUUAUGUAAAUUCAGUUGCUUCUGUCACACUUUUCAAGCACAUUAUUUUGGAAUGUUUUUGAUCCACCAAACAGUAAUAUCACUAACAUUAUAUUUUGAGUGUAGUUUCGGAAAGUUAUGUGAAAGUGUUGAGCUGAAAUUCAGUACUGCUAUAUGUUUUAAGCAAUUAGUUUAUUCUGUUUAUCUUUGGAAAGUCAUGUGAAAGUAAUAAGCUGAAAUUCAGGACUGCUACAUGUUGUAAUCAAUUGGUCCAUUCUUUUUAGCUUAAUAAAGUUUAAUAAAGGGCA